AUGUCUCUCCUUCUGGGCGGCCACUCCCCGAAGCUCUUCAUUCGUAAACCGGUGCUGGCAAGAGCCUGUGCUGGCGGUUCAUUUUCACUGGUGCAAACCCCUCCUUGUUUCGUCAUUAGCGCGGAUCCUUAUGGGGCGGGUCGUCGUCUAUUAGUCCAUUAUGCAUACUUUAUGGAAAAUCGUCCUUUAUUGAUAAAACAGGUGCCUGUCGAGUUGGUGUAUAACAAUGAAGCGGUAACAACAAUCGGGUCCUCUCAUGGCUGGGUAGCCUCUUUGAUGCAUGACGUAGGCACUCUGCGUCUCCAUGAUGAUCUAAACCCGGUUGAAUCUAUUAAACCAAAACUCAUAUCGCUGCCUCCUCUUGUAACUUUGCCUCAUUGCCAAACCCAAAUCAUCACCAACGUGUCCUUGUCCUCACUAUCCCCAGAGGAAGAAGAUUGUGUCGUGACUGUCAAGUUCAUGGGACCCCAACUCAGCUACUGCAGACCCUCUGCUGCUCAAGGCAACUCCAAGUGGUUCAACAUCAGGAUCGCAAACCCUAGCUUCUUCUCCUCCAGUGUCAUGUUUUCCAAGAAACAUAACAAGUUUUGCAUACCUGGAGCUGGAGGCAAACUCAUUGCAUCAUGGGAUCUCUGCAAAGACGAGCACACACCCAAGAUUCAGGUGUUGCGAUACCAUAACCUUCCCGAGCUGAGCGUAGCCGAACGUGAGGUUAUGGAUACCUGUCUCACCACCCAACACUUGGUGGAAUCACAAUCCACAGGUGAAACCUUUUUGGUCAAGUGUUUCAGACAGACCGUGGACGGUGGUGGUACCAGUUUGAAACCAAAAGCUGUAAUGGUGUUCAAAGUAAGCGCCAAUGGAGAUGCAUUUUACACUAGAGACAUUGGCGAUCUCACCAUUUUCAUCUCAAAGUCUGAGCCAUUCUGUGUCCGUGCUAGCUGUUUUCUUGGGGUGCGUCCUAAUGAGGUCUAUAUCUUGGAUGCCGACGAGAUUUCAUUUUUCAAGCUUGAUAAUUCUACAAUCUCAACUUCUAGUGAAAGAGUCGGAGUCGUGUUCCCUUACUUUUUUCCACCUCAAAAUAUAGAAUAUUAA